AUGGAAUUGAUUCCAAUUCUGAAAGCCAGGAAAUCUUCCCAAAGCUUUGACUUUACCUUCAUCAAUGUCGUUCAGCCUUGGCAUCAUCUGAACUCGGGUGCUUCUCACGAGGUUGCAUUGGCCGUAGCCCAGGCUUAUCCAGACAAGUACUGGCAUUUCUCCACGGUCUUGUUCAAUCACAUUGAAGAGUUCUACGAUACUGAGCUCUAUGAAACUUCGAGAAAGCAGGUUUAUGAAAAAUUGAUCAAACUAGCUACAGAUAACCUUGACUCUAUUGAUGCAGCUACACUAUGGGAUUUGGUGGAGAUCAAGCCUUCCGCAGACGGCAAGCCCCAUAACUCCGGUAAUAAGGUGACAGCAGAUCUCAAAUAUUUCACCAAAUACCAAAGGACAUGUGGAGUCCAUGUGACUCCAACUGUCUUCGUUAACGGCGUAGAAUGCUCACAGAUCGGAUCUUCUACAGACGUAAAUAAAAUAGUUGACAUACUCUGCAGUCAAAUAUAA